AUGACUGAUCCAAUGAAGUCUUUGGCCGAUUCAGGCAGCCCCAAGCCCCCCGCCGUUUCCAGGAAAGUCUUCACAGUUGCCGGUAUCUCAGUAACAGUCUUUGGUUUAGAAGAACUUCGUGCAGAGGCCUCCGAGGUUGCUUGUCUAUGGCUUCUUCACCCCAGACUAGGUACCCAGAAGCGAAUGUACCACUUUGCCAACGCCACUAUUACCGACUGGAACACUAGAAACCAAGACGUUCCAUCGGCCAAAGGCCUGAUUGCGGUCUCAUUUGACCAACGAAACCAUGGCACACGCAUGAUCGACGAACUUGCCAAUGAGUCUUGGAAAAACGGAAACCCUAGACAUGCACAGGAUAUGUUCUCCAUCUUUCGUGAGUUGCCCCAAUUGAAUAAGUUGUACUGUUCUAACCAGGCUACAGAGGGCACAGCAAGAGAUACAUCGGUAUUGAUGGACUAUCUCGCUUCCUACACUUUCCCAAAUGGCGAGCACAAGAUCACCAAGAACCUAGUCCUGGGCGUUUCACUCGGUGGACAUGCGGCCUGGAGUUGCUUGCUGCAUGAGCCUCGCAUCAGCGCCGGUGUCGUCAUCAUCGGCUGCCCAGAUUAUAUAAAUCUGAUGGCUGACCGUGCUCGUCUGUCGAAACUCCCAUCAUGGACCAAGAGUGACCCGCCCGGUGUAAAGAUCCUCGGUUCAGAGGCUCUGCCAUCAUCUUUUCUGGAGACCGUGAAACAAUACGAUCCUGCCAGUAUGAUGCUCAAGUAUGUGGACUGCGGGCCGUCGACGGGUCCAUUGCGCGAAGGUCCCUUGCCUCAACCGUCUGAGAGCGAACAGCAGGUUCUACGACCCAUCUUGACUCGUUCUUUGGCCGGAAAGCGCAUUUUGAAUUUGUCUGGUGGCAAAGACAAGCUCGUUCCGUACCACCGAGGUGAGCUUUUCCUCAAUUGGUUCAAGAACGCUAUCUCACCCGAUGGCUGGUUUGGUGACGGGGGCGUAUCUUUUGAAGAUAUCAUUGACAAGGAGGCUGCACAUGAAGCCACUCCUAAGAUGAUUGUCGAAGCUGUGCGGUUUAUCAGCGAGACGCUGGCGGUGGACUCUGAUACCACCGGACGACAAGGUUCAGUGCGCGAGUCAAAGAUAUGA